CCUGUGUUUACAUUGACGGUCUGAACAUGCAGCCCGCACGUUAACACGGCGGUGUAGUGACAGAUGAUGUGUUAACGGCAUGUGUUUUUGCCGUGGUAUAAACCUGUAACGACACUAACCGGCUUGCUAUCGUGAAACAUCGCAUCGCUACUCUACACCGAUGCCGUUGCUAACGCAUGCUAAUGGCUAGCCAACGAGAGUCUUCUCUGAUCUGCAGAACACCGUGAACCGUGAAUUAGAUGAAGAUGAAUUCUCCCAAAAAUGACACUCCAUCGGCCACAAGCGCCUCGGAUUAUGCAGCAGGUGACGCUGUCGACGGGUCUUUUGAAGAGGAUCUGACGGACAACGAAGACGUCCGAAUCAAAGAAGAACCGCUGUCGCUGGAGAUCGGUGAAGCUGAUUUCAAUGGAUUUGACUCCAGCGUGGACGCGUCGACACAAGCCCAAGUGGAGUAUUUAAAGGUUGAGGUCGACUCGGACGAUGUGCCGGAAUGUGAAUUCAGCGGUGGGACUGUUAAGGAGGAGUCCUGGAUGAAGGAAGACGAAGGGAACUUCAAUGACUUUGAGGAAGAGGAGUGUGCAGAUGCGUCCUCAGAUGUUUUCCCGUGCCCUCACUGUGACGUCUCCUUCACGGACCUGGAGUUUUUGGAGAAUCACGUGAAAUGGGUGCACCAGAAAGAGUAUCUCUCGGAGCUGAAGAAUUGCAUCUCCACAUGCACCAUCGGCCUUUUUCCCAAGCACGUCUGCACCGUCUGCAGCAGCAGCUUUCACUCCAAGGUGGACUUGAGGGUCCACGUCAGAGAGGUCCACCCCUCCGCUCCCCCGCGAAGGCUCCACCCUUGCCCCACGUGCGCUCGCAGCUUCCAGUAUUUGAAGAAUCUAAAGAAUCACUGCCAGCGCUGGCACAACAUGUCAGUGGGUAUUAGAGGGGGGCAUCUCACCUGCACUGAAUGUGGGAAGAACUUCAAAGCCACCUGGGGUCAAGGGCCACAUUUGUGCCACGAACCAGACCACGGAGAGUCGGAGGACACGCCCAUCUGUCUGGAUGUUGGCGUGCAAUGUCGAGUAUGUGGUAAGAAAGUAACCACGCCUCAGAGUCUGGAGAUUCACAUGCGCACACACACGGGUGACAAACCAUUUGUCUGCAAGGACUGUGGCAGACGGUUUAUGGAGCGCAGCGGCUGGAGUCAGCACAUGAAGAUCCACCGCGGGGAGAAACCACACAAGUGCCCCGUGUGCGGCAAAGCCUUCCUGCGGCUGCACCACCUGAAGUACCACGUCACCACUCACUCCGGCCACAAGGAGUUUUCCUGUCCAGAAUGCGGAAAAGAGUUCGGAUUGAAGGCCAGUUUGAAUCUGCACUUGAAGACGCACUCGGAUGAAAAGCCCUUUGUCUGCAAAGUUUGUGGGAAGAACUUUAACACUCGUAAGAACCUGAGGGUUCACAGCAAAAUCCACGCCGUUCAGAAAGCACAUCAGUGUGGAGACUGCGGCCUGAAGAUCACAGACCUGGGGGCGCUGAAGAUCCACCUGCGCACACACACCGGAGAAAGACCGUAUCACUGCACCGUCUGCGGGAGCAGAUUCAUCCGGAUAUCGCACCUGCGAAACCACCAGCGCACGCACACCGGCGAGAAACCCUACAAGUGCAACGAGUGCGACAAGAGUUUCACUCAGUCCGGCGACUUGGCCAAGCACAAAAGGACUCACUCGGGUGAAAAACCCUUCGAGUGUCCCGACUGCCACCGUCGCUACAUCUCCUCCGGCGACUUGAGCAAACACCGGCGGAUUCACUCCAACCUUCGACCCUACACCUGUGAGGAAUGCGGGAAGAGCUUUCGCUUGUCGGGUCACUUGAAAACACACAUGUUGACUCACACUGGGGAAAAACCUUAUUCCUGCCCCAACUGCCUCAGAAGGUUUGCACGCUCGCACCAUCUCUCAGGGCACGUAGCCAAAUGUCACUGAGCUGUGUCUGUCUUUUUUAUGGAAGUAACUCCCUACAGUUGAUGCCUGGGUGAUACAAAGUCUUGUCUCCCUAGUAAGGGAAAAUGCUUUCACCUGCACACGUGUCUUCUUCACUCACAGAAUGUCUCUUCUUACUAUAUUCUAUUGGGUCUCUUACUCCUUGUUACAGUUCUUCUGUUUCUUUACUUGGAAGACAGUUUUCUUCAAGAAUCCAUCAGUGUUGAACUGGACAACAAUGGCGUCGUACUAUGGUGUUACACCGUACAUGAGUAUUGAAAAAGAAAUGUAACAAGCUGCCAGAUUGAGGAUGACUUGAAUAACACUACAACUUUGAGUCAUCCAGUCAUUGCCAUGUGUACUUAGUGAUAUUGGUGUACAGUAUUAUAUGAACGCUGCAUGUACACAGACUGCUGUGUGUUACGUGACUGUGAUAAAGAUGUACCAUUUUAUUGUUACUUGAAACGGGACAAAUGAAUUGUUCUUUCUGUUACACUAUUUACAGGGACUUGAACAAGAGGUGGAGCAGAGGAUGGUGUGGAUGCAACCGAACUAUUGAAUCGAAACCACCAUACUUAAGAAAAUAAAGGCUCUU